AUUAUUAUCAGCUCUCUCCCUCUCUCUCAUCUCUACUUCAUCUCUCUCUAAAAUUAUAUCACAAAAUUCUUGAUGAUUCUUGUCGAUGUGCUGAUGAGUGAUGGAUGGUUGAUCUGAAAUUGAAACACAAAAUCAAUUUGUUUAAGUACAAAGUUGGAGCAACAGCUUUAUGACUCCUGCUGCUAUCCAUUAUCUCCUCUUCCUGUCUUUUUUGCCUUUUCUGCCCGUAUUCGGUGCUUCCAACAUAACUUUAGGCUCUUCACUUUCUGCCAUUGGUGACAACUCUUCGUGGAUUUCGCCUUCGGAGGAAUUCGCUUUUGGAUUCCGCCAACUUGACAACACAAACAUCUUCUUGCUUGCAAUAUGGUAUGCGAAGAUACCUGACAAAACCAUAAUCUGGCAUGCAAACACAAUUAGUCCGGUGCAAACAGAGUCGAAGGUUGAACUCACAGCGAAUGGCCUCACACUGAAUAGUCCCAAUGGCCAAGCAAUAUGGCAGGCACAACCCAACACCACCAUUUCUUAUGCCGCAAUGCUUAACACUGGCAACUUUGUGCUUUCGAGUAGUACUAAUAGCUCUGUCUAUGUAUGGGAGAGUUUCAGUUAUCCCACAGACACAAUCUUGCCAACCCAAGUGUUGUCACUGGGUGGCAUGUUGUAUUCUAGGCUGACUGAAACCAAUUACUCAAAUGGAAGGUUCGAGCUUCAUUUCGUGAAUGGAGCUCUUGAGCUCAGUGCUGUCGCCCGGCCUAGCCAAUAUCGGUAUGAUCCUUAUUACAGUAGUGGAAGGGCUCACAUCAACUCCUCCGAAUCUGGGUUUCAAUUGGUUUUCAAUCGAUCAGCGGAUAUUUAUAUAGUGAAAGGGAAUGGAUCUACUGUCGAACUUUCAUGGCCCAAAAUUGUUUUGAAUUACGACAGUAACUAUCAUCGUGCAACACUAGAUUUUGAUGGCGUUUUCAGGCAAUAUACUUACUCAAAGACUUCAGUCGGUAACCAGAGUUGGUCAAUUGUUCGAUACAUCCCUGACAACAUUUGUAUGCAUCUGACAAACGGAAUUGGUAGUGGUGCCUGUGGGUUCAAUAGCUAUUGUGUUGAAAAUAGUGGCAUUCCUAGCUGCCAAUGUCCUCCCGGGUUUUCAUUUACGGAUGCAAAUAACAAAUUUGGUGGCUGCCAACCAAAUUUCCUUUUAGGAUGUGGAGUAGAUGAUGGAUCAAGAAACCCACGAGACUUGUAUGAUUUAGAGGUGAUUUCAGGUGUGAAUUGGCCAUCUGGAAAUUAUGACAGAUUGCAACCUUACAAUCAAACGCAGUGCGAACAGUCUUGUUUGCACGAUUGUUCUUGUGUGGUUUCCAUAUUUGAUGGUAGAGGUACUUGUUGGAAGAAGAGACUGCCGUUGUCUGAUGGGAGAUUGGAGAGUGGAACAGUCAUCAUCAAAGUAAGGAAAGGUGUAGGUGUUCCUUCUCCGGGUAAUUCUAAUGAUCCAUUUUCCUACUCAAAGAAAGAGAAUCAUAGUCUCUUGUGGUCAAUUCUUUUUGGUGGCUCUGGGUUCUUCAACAUUCUUUUGCUAGUCAUAGUUUCACUAGUGGUUUUCUCACAGCGUCACAAGAAAUCGAAAAAGACUACAUAUGAUUCUAAUGUUCCUGAAACGAAUUUGCGUAUUUUCACUUUUGAAGAACUCAAUGAAGCUACACAAGGGUUCAAGGAAGAACUGGGAAUGGGAUCUUUUGGCAUUGUUUAUAAAGGUGCCCUGAAAUUUGGUUCCAAGAAUCAAGUUGCAGUUAAGAAGUUGGACAAGUUGUCAGAAAAAGGAGAGAGGGAAUUUAAAACUGAAGUGAGUGCAAUCGGGAAAACCCAUCACAGAAAUCUAGUCCAAUUGCUUGGAUACUGCGAUGAGGGGACUCAAAGAAUUCUAGUAUACGAGCUCAUGACCAAUGGAAGUCUAGCUAAUUUCCUUUUUGGCCUUCCAAGACCCAGUUGGCAUCAAAGGACUCAAGUAGCAUUGGGUACUGCAAGAGGACUAGUGUACUUGCAUGAAGAAUGUGAUGUCCCCAUCAUCCAUUGUGACAUAAAGCCUCAAAACAUACUCAUCGAUGAAUAUUUCACAGCACGAAUUUCAGACUUUGGAUUGGCAAAAUCAUUGAUGUUUAAUCAGUCUCGGACUCAUACUGACAUAAGAGGAACUCGAGGAUAUGUGGCUCCAGAAUGGUUCAAGAAUGUACCUGUGACAGUUAAAGUGGAUGUCUACAGUUUUGGUGUUGUGUUGUUAGAGAUCAUUUGUUGUAGAAAGCAUGUGGCGGUGGAAUAUGGGGAAGAAGAAAGAGCAAUACUGACAGAUUGGGCUUAUGACUGCUAUAUGAGAGGGGUGCUAGGUACUUUGGUAGAUAAUGAUGAAGCAGCCAUGAGUGAUAACACGAUGCUGUGCAGAUGGGUCAUGACAGCACUCUGUUGUAUACAAGAGGACCCUUCGAAAAGGCCUACAAUGAAGAUGGUGAUACAAAUGCUAGAAGGAUAUGUUGAAGUUCCUAUUCCCACUAGCACAAGUACCUCUUUUCCUAAGCUUCAUGAGACAUGAUGACACAGGCUUGUUUAGGCAAGUCCUCUCUUCAUUUUUUUUUUUUUUUUUUUUCCUAUCUUUGUUUUAUUGUUGUUUUAUGAGUUAAUUUUAUGGGGAAAAGCAGCUCCAAUAAAUAAUUUUUAAGGGUAAACCUAGUGUGAGAACAAGCACAUUAGGUUCUAUCAUCUUCUCUCAAAGCAUGUAAGUAUUUCAAAUGAUCAGUUGGAUGGGGAACAAAGUUGACCCUAUCCUAUUUAUUAUGAAGUUGGUCCUAUUCAAUAUAUUUUGUGCAUUCUCUUUGAUCACG